CUCAGGUGGCACUGUCAGAGUCGCUUCGUGGGAACCUGUGCCAGCCCGCAGGGGACGCGGAUGUCCUCAGCCUGGCAGUGCAUCCGGAGGGCCUGUGUGAGCUCAGCCCAGGUGUGACAGUAGGGUGGCAAGAGCAGCAGCACCCUCACAGCAUUCAAUGGGCAGAGGCCCCUCGAGGUGACACCCACCACUCAGCUGAGUGGGACCAGGAGUCUGCUUUGUGCUCCGCAAGGACCAGAGACACCUGCAAGAGGCACGGAGAGGAGGAGCCUUUCAAGAGGUUCACAGAACUGAGGACUGGCCUGGCCUGGGGACACCAACAAGCCUUCCCCUCCUGCCGGGCACAGAGACACCCCCCAGCACACCAGACACACCCUUUGGGUCACCUAGGCUGCCUGGGGCCGAGAAGACCUAACGGAGGGGCAGAUGGCUUCGACUGGUUUAGAACUGCUGGGCAUGACCCUGGCUGUGCUGGGCUGGCUGGGGACCCUGGUGUCCUGUGCCCUGCCCCUGUGGAAGGUGACCGCCUUCAUCGGCAACAGCAUCGUAGUGGCCCAGGUGGUGUGGGAGGGGCUGUGGAUGUCCUGCGUGGUGCAGAGCACGGGCCAGAUGCAGUGCAAGGUGUACGACUCGCUGCUGGCGCUGCCACAGGACCUACAGGCUGCACGUGCCCUCUGUGUCAUCGCCCUCCUGCUGGCCCUGCUUGGCCUCCUGGUGGCCAUCACAGGUGCCCAGUGUACCACAUGUGUGGAGGAUGAAGGUGCCAAGGCCCGUAUCGUGCUCACCGCAGGAGUCAUCCUCCUCCUCGCUGGCAUCCUGGUGCUCAUCCCUGUGUGCUGGACGGCGCACGCCAUCAUCCAGGACUUCUACAACCCCCUGGUGGCUGAGGCCCUCAAGCGGGAGCUGGGAGCCUCCCUCUACCUGGGCUGGGCGGCAGCGGCACUGCUUAUGCUGGGCGGGGGGCUCCUCUGCUGCACGUGCCCCCCGCCCCAGGUCGAGCGGCCCCGUGGACCGAGGCUGGGCUACUCCAUCCCCUCCCGCUCAGGCGCGUCUGGACUGGACAAGAGGGACUACGUGUGAGGUGGAGGCUUCCCCUGGGAGCCCGCUGCUCCCUACUGCUCCACACCUUCCACCUUGGCCUGGUGACCAGAUGCCCUGCUCCACCACAACCUCCUUCCCCAGAAAAACCCACUUUCCAAAAGCCCAGGCUAUACCUGGCUGCAGGGCUGGGUCAGCUGGCCUGGCUGAGCUCUUCUCAAUGGGGUCCCCUUUGAUGUUCUCCCCCAAGUUAGGCAGCCCAGAGGUGUUGGGCACCCUGGCCUGCCCCCGCCUCCCCAGUAGUUGUUUCCUUCCGUUGCCCAGGAUACUGGCUGGCCUUCCUUCUCUUCUGAGCCCUCCCCUGUCCCAGGAACUCUGACCUCACCGAAAGGGCAGCAGCUCAUUGGCUCCAAAACCAAGGAGCAGACCAUGUCCUCCCAACCCUGGAGUUGGCAGGGAGGGCCUGUCCAUCACCUCCCCUCCCCAACAUCCCCACCCGCGAGUUGGAAAUAAAGAGCAUUUGUAACUGG